AUGGCUUCUCAGUCUCACAAGUUUUCUGGCAAUUAUUUGGUGUUGAGGCCAAACGAAGUGACCCUUUUUGAUCUUUUUCGCCUCCCAUGGACCCAUGAGCUGGAGAAGAAAGCAUUUGUGGAGUGCCCGCCAGAGAAAUUUCGGGAAAAUCUUCGUCGUAAAUGGCUUAUAUUCAUAUCUCUCUCGUCCCAAAAAUUCCUGCUCCAUGCUGCAAAGCCCCUGAGAUGGUUCGGAGAAAAGCUUGAAACGUGGGUGAACCUCGUCUCAUUAAACCACAACAUUUUCAUGCUUUUGCUUAAUCUUUUGCGAGGUAAGGUGAUAAUGCCCAAACGAGAAUCGGAAGUUUUCCUGUCAUUCAUUGGAAGUCUAGACAGUCGAGUUGAAUUAGACAAGAAUAUAAAACCUGGAGAUAGCAGAUUCUAUGGCGCAUUGGCUGCAAUGGCUGCUAAAAUAUCCUACGAGAACAGAGCCUUUGUUGAAAGAAUAGUUAGAGAUCACUGGAAGAUGGAAUUAAUUGGGUACUACAACUUUUGGAAUGAUUAUCAAAAGAAAAGGAACACACAAGCCUUUAUGGUUCAUGACAAAAGAACUGAUAUGAUAGUUGUAGCCUUCAGAGGUACUGAACCCUUCAAUGCUGAUGAUUGGAGUACUGAUGUAGAUCUCUCCUGGUAUGAGCUUGACGAGAUGGGAAAGAUCCAUGGUGGAUUUAUGAAAGCUUUAGGAUUGGUUAUGGAAAAAGGUUGGCCUCUUAAUAUUGAACAAGACAAUAGCCGCCCACUAGCUUACUAUACCCUAAGGGAGAAGCUGAGAGAACAACUGAAGCUAAACAAUGAAACAAAAUUUAUGUUGACUGGUCACAGCCUAGGAGGGGCUCUAUCCAUUCUGUUUCCGGCUAUUCUUGCAUUGCAUAAAGAAACAUGGUUGUUAAAUAGAUUAGAAGGGGUCUAUACAUUUGGGCAACCUAGGGUUGGUGACAAGAAGUUCAAAGAAUUCAUGGAAAUACAGCUGCAUAAUCAUGAUUUCAGGUAUUUGAGAUAUGUUUAUUGCAAUGAUGUGGUUCCUAGAACCCCUACAGAUGACAUAACUUUUUUGUACAAGCACUUUGGGACCUGCCUUUACUUCAAUAGUUGCUACAAAGGGAAGAAACUUCAGGAACAACCCCACAAGAAUUUCAUCUCACAAUUUGCAUGGCUACCCAUAUUCCUAAAUGCGUUAUGGGAACUAGUAAGGGGAUUCAUUCUACCAUUGAUAAAGGGACCGGAUUAUAAAGAUUAUAAAGAAAGUUGGAUGCUCAUGCUGCUUAGGUUAUGGGGACUUGCUUUCCCAGGUUUAUCCGCUCAUAAUCCCCAAGACUAUGUUAAUGCAACUCGAUUGAGUUCUCGUCGAAUAUAUCAUCAACCUCAACUUGAAGAUCAGCAUCCAUAG